AUGUCCAAGAGUACGCUAGUGCCAGCAAGAAACGCCAUCCAUGGCACCGGACGCGCUAAACUCGUCGGAUUUGGCACGACGGCGAGCUUUGCAGAGCUCUCGUACACGUACCCGCUCAAAUUGCUGUCACCGCGCCAAACGACAGCAACAAAUAUCGAAAGACUCGCAAUUCUCUACAAUCUCUCCUAUGGUGGUGGCCUGAUUGGCGGCGAUCAGCUUGCACUCACCCUCGAGCUAGGCUCCGAUGUCAAGCUCCUCUUCUUGACUCAGGGCUCUACCAAAAUCUUUCCCUCGCGAGCUCGUCCACGUUUGGCCACUGGACGGGCGGAAGUAGGAGAUACACGUCAGAGACUUUCUGCGACAAUAGGUUCUGGUGCAUGUCUCGUCAUGCUCCCCGACCCUGUCACGCCAUUUAGCCAUUCGUCCUAUUCGCAGGUUCAGAUAUUCCGACUAGCCGCACCAACAAAGGACACUGCCGGUGGCUCGAUUGUCCUUUUAGACUGGUUCACAUCCGGUCGCAUGUCCCGCGGCGAAGAGUGGCAGUUUGAUCGGUACAGGAGUGCAAAUGAGAUAUGGAUUGGUAAUGAGCGCGUGGCCUCGGAUGUCCUGUUGCUUGAACAACCCCCGUCUUCUUCCUCCGUCGACGAAACUGCCAAGAAGAUCAACCGGCUACGCGACUCGCUCGCACCUUACGCUUGCUACGCUACGCUUCUUUUGUUUGGACCCGCUACCCACGCGCUGUCCAAGGAAUUUGCGCAGCGGUAUGACGGACUAAGCCAGAUGCAGCGUAAAGUACCCGAGGACUUGAUAUGGUCAUAUAGUCCCCUCGAGUACAAGACGAGUAUCAACAACGGCAAACGGAAUUCCGGUCAGAAGGAAACGGGCGUGGGUGCUAUCGUUCGUGUCGCAGCCAAAGACACGGAGAGCGUCCGUCAAUGGCUCCGCGAGUCUCUUCGAGCAGGGUUAGAAGCACAGAUAGGUAGAAACGCGUACUCAAAGGCCUUUGUCUAA